AUGUCCAGCAAGCCCAUUGUCCUUGUAACUGGUGCCAACGGCUACAUCGCCGGCCCAGUCAUUGCCGCUUUCCUCGAAGCUGGCUACGCCGUUCUGUUAUCUAACAUUUGCAGCCUCUCCUUUACUGACCCCGAUCCUGUCCUCGAGGCAGCGAUCCAGGGCACCCGAGGUGUUUUGGAGUCUGCCAUCACCGAGCCCUCCAUCAAGUCGGUUGUCCUCAUGUCUUCGGUUGCCGCCGUUGCUGCCCACGAUAAGGAGCUUCCUUAUCGCUUCACCGAGGCUGAUUGGAACCUUGGAGCUCUGGACUUGGUGAAGGCUCUUGGCAAGAACACUCCUGGUCCGCUCAUCUACGUCGCGAGCAAGGUGGCUGGCGAGAAGGCCUUCUGGGACUUCCGCGAUGAGAAGAAGCCCAGCUUCUCAAUGACCGCUCUAAACCCUACCUUCGUUAUGGGACCGACUCCAGCUCUGGAUUCGCUGUCCAAGCUUGGUGGCACAACAGCCUUCAUCUGGCAGGUCUUUUCCGGACAAGAAAUCCCUGAGCCCCUCUCACCAGGCUCUUCCUUUGUCGAUGUUCGCGACAUUGCCCGUGUUGCCGUCUUCAGCGUCGAUCAUCCUGACAAGACCAACGGAGAGCGCUUCCUACUCACCUCGGGACAGUUCCCUCCCCAGGCUGCUGCCGACAUUCUCCGAAAGGCUUUUCCUGACCGCAAGGACAUCAUCAAGGUCGGAACUCCAGGAGCUGGAUACAACCCUGGAUAUGUGUACGACGAGAACAGGGUCGUUGAUGGUUCAAAGGCCGUCAGGGUGACAGGAAAGGACUACUAUUCCGUGGAGCAGAGCAUCAUCGAUGCUGCCAAGUCUUAUGAGAAGUUUCUGUAA